GCUAUUGUAUCAUGGGCAGUUGAAGGUUGUUUCGCGUAACACGUAAACACAACAAUUUCUGCAAGCAAACACGCGUGUGGCUUUCUGUAAUACUAGAAAGGUUAUUUGUGUAUCUAGUGUGCGUAGAGAGAAUUAUUGCACGUGAUCAAAUGACUUGCUUAAUUGAGCAUGCGUAGAAUGUAGAUGACGUCACAGAGACUCGUACCAGUAGACUGUCAGUGACUGAGUUGGUGCGUUUACGGCGAGUACCGCACAACAGGACUCUCAUUUUGGCUGUGAUGUUGUCACUGUUGGGUAGAUGAUGCUCUUCGUUUGAUCUCGUUGGCGCUUAAUGUAUCAGUUGCCUCUGAAAUGGAUGAAGAAUUGAGUGAAGUGGUGAGGAGAGGUGAUGUUCAGGCAGUAAUGCGUUUUGGAAGCUACAAGUUGAUAUCAAUACACGUGAUGAGUAUGGGGACACUCUUUUGAUCCAAGCAUGUUGGUAUAAUCAGAAGGAAAUGGUUGAGUUUCUGCUCACUAAAUCAGCAGAUGUUGAUGGGACUGACAGGAUAGGACGGACAGCUGUAGUUGUAGCUACAAUCAAGGGAUCGCAAGAUAUUGUUGGUCUAUUACUGAAUGUCAAAGAUAUUAAUGUGAUGAAGAAAGAUAAUAUGGGAGGUACAGCCAUACAUUAUGCUGCAGCCAAUAAUCACGUGACCAUUGUAGAGAGACUUUUGUCUUGUUCUGUUCCUGUUGAUAUCAAUGAUAAUGAUGGUUGUACACCACUGUGGUGGGCUACCUAUUAUUGUCAUGUGUGUUGUGUUGAUGUUCUCCUAAAACAUGGAGCGAGUCCUCAACAUGAGAGUAAGAGGGGAUCACCACUGGAGAUUGCCAAGAAAAAUGGUGACAGUGAUGUGGUUGAGAUGAUGGAAGAAGCCAUAAGAUUGAUAUUUCAUCCCUAUAUGGAGGGUCAUGUGUCUGUUAUCAGACAUCAAGACCAACAGACAAUUGCUGAACUGCAGAGUGAAGUCGAGAAGAUGAGAGAAGAAUUAAGACAAUCAUCCCUGGUCCAUGAGAGUGAAGUCACGAGGUUGAGGACCGAGAUCCAACAGAAAGAGAAGGAAGUUAGGGAAGGCCACAUGGUAUCUGAUGAAUCUUGGUUAUUGUCAGCCAGCAGGAGACGUCAUGCAUGCUGUCAGUGCUUUGGCUUGUGAUCAGUGGAGUGAUGUUGGACUUGAGUUAGGAUAUCGAAUGCCUAAAAUCAACUCAAUCACUUCAUCCAUUCCUGUAUUUGGUAGCAAACUGCAUGCCAUACUGCAAACAAAAGCACUUGCUGUUCGCACAUGCGAUUUCAUUCGUAUGAUGUUGUCUGCUUGCCAGCGUAUUUCCAUGCCAAUUUGUGCUGCUACAAUAAGAGCUGAGGUGGUUAAACGUCAAGAGAGACUGAAAACACAGAACGGUGGACAAUAGAAUAAUUGGCUGUCCCUUUGUUGAUCAUAUGGUUUAUGCUUUAUUGUUGAGUGAUGUGUUAGUAAGAAUACCUUUUUUGUUUGUAAUGCUUCGUGCAUUUAGCUAUUUUUAUUAGAAUUGCAGCUUGAACACACUAGACAUUAGAUGCAGUGUGUAUGGUAAUUAGUAAAGAGUUAUUGAUAUUGAA